AUCCACAACAGGAAACGGGGGAAGCGUCCUUGGAGAUGUUGUUAGUGUUGUAACUUUCGCAUUUUUCUCGCCUCUGCGUACACAAUAUGUCUGUGUCAAACAACUGACAGCUAAUAUAUACUGCCAGAGGGGCUAAUGAGAAAACGUAAAGUUUGGAAGUCAUCCGGGUUUGGCAUUUACCCUGCGUCUCUGCAGUAACCAUGACUGCAGCUGCUCUCAUAGGAGACCAGCUGAUCCUUGAAGAGGACUACGAUGAGACAUAUAUACCCUCUGAACAAGAGAUCCAAGAGUACGCAAGAGAGAUUGGCAUUGAUCCCGACAGUGAGCCGGAGCUCCUGUGGCUGGCCAGGGAAGGCAUCGUUGCCCCUCUGCCUCCCGAGUGGAAGCCUUGUCAGGAUGUAACGGGGGACAUCUACUAUUUCAACUUCUCCUCGGGCCAGUCAACCUGGGAUCACCCCUGCGACGAGCACUACCGCAGCCUGGUGGCCCAGGAACGUGAGCGCGCCCAGCUCACUGCUGCUGCAGGAGGCACAGGGGCAAAGAAGGACAAAGACAAGAAGAAGAAGAAAGAAAAGAAGGAGAAGAAAGAGAAGAAGAAAAAAGAGCCACUCAAGACUCCUGGAGCACUGAGUUCAGCCUUGGGACCACUAGCAUCCCCGCUGGGCAGCCUGGCUCCUCUGAGAGGUCUAGAUGCCCCAGGCCCCGGCCCACUCCCUGGUUCUGCUCCCGCUCUCCGGCGUUCCCUUGGCAGCUCUGGGGGACUGGAGCCCCUAAAGACCCCCCUUGGGGGCCCUCGGAGCAGUGGAGCAUCUAGUGUUUUGGGCAGUAGGCAGGAGGAGAGGGUGUCUCUCUCUCUGCCUGGCUUUGAUGAUGAUGAUGGUGACAAUGAGAAAAUCUCAGAAAACGAGCCGAGUCCCCGUUGUUCAGAUCGAUUAUUGAAGAACCUUCAUCUGGACCUGGAUGCCCUUGGAGGAGGCUUACAGUAUGAGGUAGACAGAAUAAAAAACAUCUCAUAA